AGCCCGAGGACGUGGAGGAGGAGCAAGACAGGGAUCCCCCCACGUCCUCUCGCCCAGGGCCCUCCCAGCGCCUGCCCCCGCCCCUUCUUGGGGGUCCCGGGCGGGGCUCCUGGCUCCCCCGCCCCCUUCUAGGACAGCCGGCACGCCCCAGAAAGGGGAGUCCAGGGCAGUCCCAGGCCGGUGGGGUGGAGCUUGAGGUCUCCAGCCCCCGACAGCCAGACUCCACCCGCCCCAGAGCACUGCUGCACGGAGCCCACCUGUCCAGGUCCCCAUUCCAGCCUUGGCAAUGACCCUGGCAGCUUCCUCCCAGCGCUCCCAAAUCAUCCGCUCCAAGUUCCGAUCUGUCCUGCAGCUUCGGAUCCACAGACGGAAUCAGGACCCGACGUCUGAUCCAGAUCCGUGCAUUUCAGCCACAGGCCUGGCUCUGGCCCCAGCCUUGCCCUCCGUCCCUCCCCCUUUCCUCAUCAGUGCUGGGGCCCUGCUCCCUGAGCCAGAAUAUUGUCCUUGGAGAUCCUUGAAGAAGGAGUCUCCCAAGAUCUCCCCACGCUGGAGAGAGCCCAAGGCCAGGGGAAACUUGACAUACCAUCAGUACAUGCCCCCCGAGCCACGACAAGGGCCCAGGGCAGACCCCCAUGCUGAGGGGUCAACCCUGGGUCCCCCGGGGCCACCUCUUUGGGAAGAGACAAAACCACAACAGCUACAUCCUAGGAAGAAGCCCACUCCCCUCACUCCCUCCCCACCAGGAGUCUCCAGUCCUUCGCCCCCGCCACACAAGUUGGAACUUCAGACCCUGAAAUUGGAGGAGCUGACGGUCUCUGAGCUCCGGCAGCAGCUGCGCCUGCGGGGCCUCCCGGUGUCCGGGACCAAGUCGAUGCUCCUGGAGCGCAUGCGCGGCGGCGCCCCGCCCCGCGAGCGGCCGAAGCCCAGGCGCGAGGACAAAGCGGCGGGGGCUCCCUGGCCACGCCUUAGGCCUAAGGCACUGGGAACCGCCAAGCGGCAGGGCCCGAUGAGGGCGGGGCUAGAUAUCAAGCAGAGUCCGGCGUCUCACAGUUUUCAUCUUCCGCGAGUCCCGGAUCCGCUAGUGAAGGCCCGGGCUCCGGCUUCCGCUCAGGCUCUGGCUCCAGCUCUGACACCUUGUUCAGCACCGGCCUCAUCCGGCCUGACUCUGGAGGAAGAGCUGCAGGAAGCGAUCCGGAGGGCGCAGUUGCUUCCGAACCGAGGUAUCGAUGACAUCCUGGAGGAUCAGGUGGAACUUGAUGACUCGCUGCCGCCCAUCCCCCUAGACUUCCCCGGCUCCUUCGACGUGCUGUCCUCAUCGCCCGACUCUGAAGGUCUGUCAUCUGUCUUCUCCUCUUCGCUCCCGUCUCCCACCAACUCCCCAUCCCCGUCUCCCAGUGGCCCCAUGGAUUCCUUGGACUGGCUGGAGGCCCUGAGUGGGGGUCCUCCACUGGGCUGUGGUCCCCCAGCCCCCAGCAUCUUCUCUGCCGAUCUAUCUGACUCCAGUGGCACCCGGCUGUGGGACCUGCUGGAGGAUCCGUGGUGAUGGAUGGAGUCUGUGGUUUUCAGGGACGGAGAACUGGUGGGGCCAGGGUGGUCACAGAGAGAUUCCCCAAAGGGGAGGAGCAAGAGUCUGCCCUUCCCAUCAUAGACACAGGAUCGCA